AGCACCACUCAUAGAAAAAGGGGCCAGCGGCCCAAAAUGACUAGACCCUAAACCAUUCCUCUUCUCCACUUCCCCUAUCCCUCCUUUGCUCGUGGAAAAAGCUCGACCUGCUAAUGGCGGCGGCGGCGGACUUCACGCAGAGCAAGCAGGCCAUGUCGUACGCGCUCUGCAAGCACCUGAACCUCGAUCCGAAUAGCAUAUCCAGUACACUUAUCAAGGAGAAUGAUAUUGCGAGCCUAUUCUCACAUAUCGUGACCUCACCGCAGGAUGAGGUCAAGAAGUGGGUUGAGUUCUCCAGCAAUUUUGUUCUAAGUGAUGGAGAACAGCAUGCAUUACUUGGUAAUUUGAAUCAACAUUUGUCCCAGAUGUCGGUACUAUUAGCUGGUUUCAAACCAUCAGCGGCGGACAUUAUUGUGUUUGCAACCGUGCAUGUUUUCAUGUGUCAUCUUAGUGACAGUGAGUUGCAGAAAUAUCCAAAUAUAUUGCGGUGGAUGGACUACAUUCAGAAUGUUGUUGAUUUUGGUAUGACACUGCAAAAGAUAAACUUGACGAAAUCUAUCUUCAACCCACCUGCACCUGCACCUUCUCACCCAAAGAAAGCUGAUAAAGGAGAUGGUGAUCCAAAUUCCAAGAAAGCUGUUUCAGGACAGAAGGUUGCGGAUAAGUCAGAUGUAGCUGCUGACUCCAAAAAGGCUGCAGGGGAGAAUAAGGUUCCUGGGGAUAAGGCAAAUCCUACUUCUACCAAAAACAACAAACCUUCUGGGGAUAAAAAGAAAGUCCAAGAGAAGACUGCCGGCAAAACAGAGGCAGCUGCAGAGAAAGCUCCACAGAAAAGUGCAGAAAAGGAUUCUGAGUGCAGUGUUAGUAUCCUGAAUAUACAGGUCGGAGUUAUUCGCAAAGCAUGGAAACAUCCAUCAGCUGACAGUCUUCUGGUGGAGGAGAUAGAUUUGGGAGAUGGCAAUGUGCGUCAAGUUGUUAGUGGUCUUGCGAAGUUCUUCAGCCCAGAUGAACUUGUUAAUCGCCAUGUUGUCUUGAUCACGAAUGUGAAGCCUGGGAAGCUGCGCGAUGUAAUGUCUGCUGGAUUGGUCUUGUGUGCUUCAAAUAAAGAUCAUACAGUCGUGGAGCCUUUGAUUCCUCCGGAAGGUGCCAAGCUUGGAGAACGCAUUUCUUUUGCUGGGUUUGAUGGGAAGCCGGAAGAUGUUCUAAACCCAAAGAAGAAACAAUUGGACAAGAUAACACCUCAUCUCCGUACCGACGAGAAUGGAAUUGCAACGUUCCGAGGGGUACCAUUCACUACAUCAGCCGGUCUGUGUAGAUCCUCAGUUCCGAAUGCGGAUGUUAAGUGAGCAACUCGUUAAGCAUGCUGAUUUCAAACAUUGAUGUGCUAAGACACAUGCAGAUGUACCAUUUUGUCGUAAUGCACAUAUUAAAUGUUACCAUAUGUUAACAGAGUUGUCAGUUCUUGACUUUUAAUAUCUGAAAACAAAUUUUGUUU